CUGUCAGCCCAUGUGGCGUGUCCGCGCGGGGAUGGCCGCGGUUAAAUAGAGUCGGCGCCGGCCUAGAGGGAGCCAGAGAGACAGCCCGGCCGGCUCCCCUGCGCGCCGCGCUCGCGCCUCGCAUCCGCCGCCCGCACCGCCGCCGCGCCCGGACCAGAGAGCAGCCAUGGAGGAGGUGGUGAUUGCCGGCAUGUCUGGGAAGCUCCCCGAGUCAGAGAAUUUGGAGGAGUUCUGGGCCAACCUCAUCGGCGGCGUGGACAUGGUGACAGAUGAUGACAGGCGGUGGAAGGCUGGGCUCUACGGCCUGCCCAGGCGGUCUGGCAAGCUCAAGGACCUGUCUAAGUUCGAUGCCUCUUUCUUCGGGGUCCACCCAAAGCAAGCGCACACGAUGGACCCUCAGCUGCGCUUGCUGCUGGAGGUUACCUACGAGGCCAUCGUGGAUGGAGGCAUCAACCCAGCCUUGCUCCGAGGGACGGACACUGGCGUCUGGGUGGGCGUGAGUGGCUCUGAGGCCUCAGAGGCUCUGAGCCGAGACCCUGAGACGCUUCUGGGCUACAGCAUGGUGGGCUGCCAGCGUGCCAUGAUGGCCAACCGCCUUUCCUUCUUCUUUGACUUCAAAGGGCCCAGCAUAGCUCUGGACACAGCGUGCUCCUCCAGCCUGCUGGCUCUGCAGAGCGCCUACCAGGCCAUCUGCGUGGGGCAGUGCUCCGCGGCCAUCGUGGGCGGCAUCAACCUGCUGCUGAAGCCCAACACCUCCGUGCAGUUCAUGAAGCUGGGCAUGCUCAGCACCGAGGGCUUCUGCAAAUCCUUCGACGCAGGCGGGGAAGGCUACUGCCGCUCGGAGGCCGUAGUGGCCGUGCUGCUGACCAGGAAGUCCCUGGCCCAGCGGGUGUAUGCCACCAUCCUGAAUGCCAGCACCAACACAGAUGGCUACAAGGAGCAAGGCGUGACCUUCCCCUCCGGGGAGGCCCAGAAGCAGCUGAUGUGCUCCAUGUAUGAGCCGGCCGGGGUGGCGCCCGAGUCCCUCGAGUACAUUGAAGCCCACGGCACAGGCACCAAGGUGGGUGACCCCCAGGAGCUGAACAGCAUCGCCCAAGCCUUGUGUGCCAGCCGCCAAGACCCGCUGCUCAUCGGCUCCACCAAGUCGAACAUGGGGCACCCAGAGCCCGCCUCCGGGCUCGCAGCCCUGGCCAAGGUGCUGCUGUGCUUGGAGCACGGGCUCUGGGCCCCCAACCUGCACUUCCACAGCCCCAACCCCAAGAUCCCAGGGCUGCAGGAUGGGAGGCUGCAGGUGGUAGACCGGCCCCUGCCCGUCCGAGGUGGCAACGUGGGCAUCAACUCCUUCGGCUUUGGUGGCUCCAAUGUGCACGUCAUCCUGCGACCCAACUCGCAAGCACGCCUGGCACCUGCUGCGCACGCCACCCUGCCGCGCCUGCUGCGGGCCAGCGGGCGCACCCCUGAGGCUGUGCAGGCGCUGCUGGAGCAGGGCCACCAGCAUGGCCAGGACCUGGCCUUUGUGAGCUUGCUCAACAACAUUGCGGCCACACCCACCUCCUCCAUGCCCUUCCGGGGCUUUGCUGUGCUUGGGGGCAGGGGCAGCGGCCAGGAGGUACGGCAGGUGCCCCCCGGCGAGCGCCCACCACUCUGGUUCAUCUGCUCUGGGAUGGGGACACAGUGGUGCAGGAUGGGGCUCAGCCUCAUGCGCCUAGACAGCUUCCACAAGUCCAUUCUGCGGUCUGACGAGAUCGUGAGGCCCUUGGGGGUGCAGGUGUCAGACCUGCUGCUGAGCACGGAUGAGUCCACCUUCGAUGACAUCGUCCAUGCGUUCGUGAGCCUCACAGCCAUCCAGAUCGCACUCAUAGACCUGCUGACCUCCAUGGGCCUGAGGCCUGACGGCAUCAUCGGGCACUCCCUGGGUGAGGUGGCUUGUGGCUACGCCGACGGCUGCCUCUCUCAAGAGGAGGCCGUCCUCUCAGCCUAUUGGCGGGGCCAGUGCAUCAAGGAGGCCAACAUCCUGCCUGGGGCCAUGGCAGCUGUAGGCUUGUCCUGGGAGGAGAGCAAACGGCGCUGCCCGCCGGGAGUCGUCCCUGCCUGCCACAACUCCAAGGACACGGUGACCCUCUCGGGGCCUGAGGCUGCCGUGCUGGAGUUCACAGAGCAGCUGAAGCAGGAGGGCGUGUUCGCCAAGGAGGUGCACACAGGAGGGAUGGCCUUCCACUCCUACUUCAUGGAGCCCAUCGCCCCCUCUCUGCUGCAGGCCUUGCAGAAGGUGAUCCGGGAGCCGAAACCCCGCUCUGCCCGCUGGCUCAGCACCUCCAUCCCCGAGGCCCAGUGGCAGGGCAGCCUGGCCCGCACCUUCUCGGCCGAGUACAACGUCAACAACCUGGUGAGCCCCGUGCUCUUCCAGGAGGCUCUGCAGCACGUGCCCGAGCACGCCGUGGUGCUGGAGAUCGCCCCUCACGCCCUGCUGCAGGCCGUCCUAAAGAGAGGCCUUAAGUCCAGCUGCACCAUCAUCCCCCUGAUGAAGAAGGGCCACAAUGACAACCUGGAGUUCUUCCUCAGCAACGUGGGCAGGCUCCACCUGGCGGGCCUCGACGCCAACCCCAAUGGCCUGUUCCCACCCGUGGAGCUCCCUGUUCCCCGAGGAACCCCCCUCAUCUCCCCCCACAUCAAGUGGGACCACAGCCAGACCUGGGACGUGCCCACUGCCGAGGACUUCCCCAACGGCUCCAGCUGUUCCUCUGCCACCGUCUACAACAUCGACACCGGCCCUGAGUCGCCGGACCACUACCUGGUGGACCACUGCAUCGACGGCCGAGUCAUCUUCCCCGCCACCGGCUACCUGUGCCUGGUCUGGAAGACCCUGGCACGCACUCUGAACUUAAACGUGGAGCAAGUGCCUGUGGUUUUCGAGGACGUGACACUGUACCAGGCCACCAUCCUGCCCAAGGCGGGGACCGUGUCCCUGGAGGUGCGGCUCCUGGAGGCUUCCCGCACCUUCGAGGUGUCUGAGAACGGCAACCUGAUCGCCAGCGGGAAGGUGCACCAGUGGGAGGACCCCGACCCCAAGCUCUUCAACAGCCAGGAUUGCCUGGACCCCGCAGACCCCGCAGACCCAACAGCAGGGUUCCGCCUAGCCCAGGGGGACGUGUACAAGCUGCUGCGACUGCGUGGCUACGACUAUGGCCCUCACUUCCAGGGCAUCCUCGAGGCCAGCCUCGAAGGCAGCACAGGCCAGCUGCUGUGGAAGGACAACUGGGUGACCUUCCUGGACACCAUGCUGCAGAUGUCCAUCCUGGACUCCGAGCAGCGCGGCCUGCGCCUGCCCACCCGCAUCACCUCCAUCCACAUCGACCCCGCUACCCACCAGCAGAACGUGCAGGCGCUGCAGGGCAAGGCCCAAGCAGCCGACGUGGCGGUGGACCGCUGUCUGAGCUGCACAGUGGCCGGCGGUGCCCGCAUCUCAUGGCUCCACACCUCGGUGGCCCCGCGGAGGCAGCAGGACCAGGUUGCCCCCGUCCUCGAGAGGUUCUGCUUCACGCCGCACAUGGAGGACGGGUGCCUGGCCGGGAGCUCAGCCCUGCAGGAGGAGCUGCAGCUGUGCAGGGGGCUGGCACGAGUACUGCAGACCAAGGUGGCCCAGCAGGGGCUGAAGAUGGUGGUGCCCGGGCUAGAUGGGGCCCAGGCCCCCUGUGAGCCCCCACAGCAGGGCCUGCCUCGGCUGCUGGCAGCUGCCUGCCGGGUGCAGCUCAAUGGGAACCCGCCGCUGGAGCUGGCCCACGAGAGGCCCCUGCUGCAUGAAGACCCCCUGCUCAGUGGUCUUCUCGAGUCCCCAGCGCUCAAGGCCUGCGUGGACACUGCCCUGGAGAACACGGCCGGCCUGAGGAUGAGGGUGGUGGAGGUGCUGGCCGGUGACGGCCGCCUGUACUCGCGCAUCCCGGAGCUGCUCAACACCCAGCCCUUGCUGCAGCUGGACUACACAGCCACUGACCGCCACCCUGAGGCCCUGGGGGCUGCCCAGGACAAGCUGCAGCAGCAUAACGUGGCCCUGGGCCAGUGGGACCCCAUGGGCCCUGCACCAGGCGGCCUGGGCGCAGCCGACCUCGUCGUGUGCAACUGUGCCACCACCACCUUUGGGGACCCAGCCACAGUCCUCGGCCACAUGGCAGCUGCCCUCAAGGAGGGUGGCUUCCUGCUGCUUCACACUCUGCUCGGAGGACAUACCCUCGGGGAGACGGUUGCCUUCCUCACCUGCCCCGAGCCACAGCGGGGUGGGCGGGGCCUCCUGAGCCAGGACGAGUGGGAGAGCCUGUUUGCCGGGGCGUCGCUGCACCUGGUGGCCCUGAAGAAGUCUUUCUACGGGUCUGCUCUCUUCCUGUGCCGCCGGCCAGCCCUGCAGGACUGCCCCAUCUUCCUGCCCGUGGAGGACGCCAGCUUCCAAUGGGUAGACUCGCUGAAGGGCAUCCUGGCCGACGGCACCUCCCGGCCGGUGUGGCUCACAGCCCUGGGCUGCGCCACCUCCGGGGUUGUGGGCAUGGUGAACUGUCUCCGGAAGGAGCCUGGUGGGCACCGGAUUCGGUGCAUCCUGGUGUCCAACCUCAGCGGCACAUCCCCGAUCCCUCAGAUGGACCUGGGCUCCCCGGAGCUGCAGCAGGUGCUGCGCAGGGACCUCGUGAUGAACGUGCACCGGGAUGGGGCCUGGGGGGCCUUCCGCCACUUUCUGCUGGAGCAGGGCCUGCCGGAGGAGCAAACGGAGCACGCCUUCGUGAGCAUCCUCACCAGGGGGGACCUCUCCUCCAUCCGCUGGGUCUGCUCCCCUCUGUGCCACGCCCCACCUGCCAGCCCUGGCGUCCAGCUCUGCACCGUCUACUAUGCCUCCCUCAACUUCCGAGACGUCAUGCUGGCCACAGGCAAGCUGUCUGUCGACACCAUCCCAGGCAAGUGGUCUGCUGAGGACUGCAUGCUGGGCAUGGAGUUCUCCGGCCGAGAUGCCAGUGGCAAGCGCGUGAUGGGGCUGGUGCCCGCCCAGGGUCUGGCCACGUCCGUGUUGCUGUCUCAGGACUUCCUGUGGGACGUUCCCUCCAGCUGGACCCUGGAGGAGGCGGCCUCCGUGCCCGUCGUCUACACCACUGCCUACUACUCACUGGUGGUGCGCGGACGCCUGCGGCGCAGUGAGACGGUGCUCAUCCACUCGGGCUCCGGCGGCGUGGGCCAGGCCGCCAUCGCCAUCGCCCUCAGCCUGGGCUGCCGUGUCUUCACCACCGUGGGGUCAGCCGAGAAGAAGGCAUACCUCCAGGCCCGGUUCCCCCAGCUUAGCGAGACGAGCUUUGCCAACUCCCGGGACACGUCCUUCGAGCAGCAUGUGCUGCGGCACACAGCGGGGAAGGGUGUUGACCUGGUCCUGAACUCCCUGGCCGAAGAGAAGCUGCAGGCUAGCGUGCGGUGCCUGGCCCAGCAUGGCCGAUUCCUGGAAAUCGGCAAAUACGACCUUUCCAACAACCACCUGCUGGGCAUGGCUGUCUUCCUGAAGAACGUGACCUUCCACGGGGUCCUGCUGGACAUGCUCUUCAACGAGGUGUCCACAAGCUGGCGGGAGGUGGCGGCACUCCUGCAGGGCGGCAUCCAGGACGGCGUGGUGCGGCCCCUCCAGUGCACCGUGUUCCCCAAGGCCCGCGUGGAGGACGCCUUCCGUUACAUGGCCCAGGGGAAGCAUGUUGGCAAAGUGGUCGUCCAGGUGCGUGAGGAAGAGCAGCUGGCACUGCUGCAGGGGCCCGAACCCACCCUGGUAACAGCCAUGGCCAAGAUCUUCUGCCCAGCCCACAAGAGCUACAUCGUGGCUGGGGGCCUGGGGGGCUUUGGCCUCGAGCUGGCCCAGUGGCUUGUGCUGCGGGGAGCCCAGAAGCUCGUGCUGACCUCCCGCUCUGGGAUCCGCACAGGCUACCAGGCCAAGCAGGUACGGGAGUGGAGGCACCAGGGUGUGCGGGUCCUGGUGUCCACCAGCAACGCCAGCUCGCUGGAUGGGGCCCGGGCGCUCAUCGCCGAGGCCACGCAGCUCGGGCCCGUCGGAGGCGUCUUCAACCUGGCCAUGGUGCUGAGAGAUGCAAUGCUGGAGAACCAGACCCCGGAUUCCUUCCAGGACGUCAGCAAGCCAAAGUACAGCGGCACGCUGAACCUGGACAGGGUGACUCGGGAGUCGUGCCCCGAGCUGGACUACUUCGUGGCCUUCUCCUCGGUGAGCUGCGGGCGCGGCAACGCCGGCCAGACCAACUAUGGCUUUGCCAACUCCACCAUGGAGCGCAUAUGCGAGAAACGCCAGCACGAUGGCCUCCCAGGCCUCGCCGUGCAGUGGGGCGCCAUUGGUGACGUGGGCGUCCUCCUGGAAACGAUGGGCACCAAUGACAUUGUCAUCGGCGGGACGCUGCCCCAGCGUAUCACCUCCUGCCUGGAGGUGCUCGACGUCUUCCUGCACCAGCCCCACCCUGUCCUGAGCAGCUUCGUGCUGGCCGGGAAGAAGGCCGUAGCCCACAGUGACAGUGGUGGCCCGCGGGACCUCGUGAAGUCCGUGGCCCAUAUCCUCGGCAUCCGCAACUUGUCCACGGUCAGCAUGGACAGCUCGCUGGUGGACCUGGGCCUGGACUCGCUCAUGGGUGUGGAGGUUCGCCACAUGCUGGAGCGCGAGUUCGACCUGACUCUGUCCACGCGGGACAUCCGGCAGCUCACGCUCCAGAGGCUCCGAGAACUGUCCUCCAAGGCCAGCCUGGAGCUGGCGGCCUCCGUGUCCAGGGAGGACAGCCCCACCCAGCACCAGGCCCAGCUGAACCUGCGCUCUCUGCUGGUGAACCCCGAGGGCCCGACCUUGACUCGGCUCAACUCGGUGCAGAGCUCCGAGCGGCCCCUGUUCCUCGUGCACCCCAUCGAGGGCUCCACCACCGUCUUCCACAGCCUGGCCGCCAGGCUCAGCAUCCCCACCUAUGGCCUGCAGUGCACGCAGGCCGCCCCCCUGGACAGUAUCCAGAGCCUGGCCACCUACUACAUCGGGUGCAUCAGGCAGGUGCAGCCCGAGGGCCCCUACCGCAUCGCCGGCUACUCCUACGGGGCCUGCGUGGCCUUUGAGAUGUGCUCACAGCUGCAGGCGCAGCAGAGCCCGGCCCCCACGCACAACAGCCUCUUCCUGUUCGACGGCUCCCACACCUACGUGCUGGCCUACACGCAGAGCUACCGUGCCAAGAUGACCCCCGGCUGCGAGGCGGAGGCAGAGACCGAGGCCAUCUGCUUCUUCGUGCAGCAGUUCACAGACGUGGAGCACAGCAGGGUGCUGGAGGCCCUGCUGCCCCUCAAGGGCCUGGAGGAGCGCGUGGCAGCCGCCGUGGACCUGAUCUCUCUCAGCCACACGGGCCUGGACCGUGGUGAGCUCAGCUUUGCCGCACGGUCCUUCUACCACAAGCUGCGCGCUGCCGAGCAGUACCAGCCCCAGGCCACCUACCACGGCAACGUGACACUGCUGCGUGCCAAGACGGGCAGCUCCUACGGCGAGGACCUGGGUGCUGACUACAACCUGUCCCAGGUGUGCGACGGCAAGGUGUCCGUGCACGUCAUCGAGGGGGACCACCACUCGCUGCUGGAGGGCCAAGGCCUGGAGGCCAUCCUCAGCAUCAUCCACGGCUCCCUGGCCGAGCCUCGCGUCAGUGUGCGGGAGGGCUAGCCACACCCGAGGGCCCCGCCCGCUGCCCCGUGGGGCUCAGAGCGGGGUCCUGCCGGUGGGACCCUGGCCUGCUGCCCCUGCCGUCCACAUCACCUCAACCCAGACCCUUGCCUGCACCCCGAGUGCUGCUGCCCACAACAGGCCACUAGAAGUAGGACCCACCACGGGCACCAUCUCAGCCACCACUCCCGGCAUGGGCAUGGGGCGGGGGCCCAGGCCGCCUGCUUGGAGACCUGCCCUGGUCUGUGAAGAGUUGGCCGUGCCUUCUGUACCGUGUGGGUCUGGUCGUCGUUUCUCAGUCUGCAUCCUAUUUAUUGUGUCACUGGGGAGCCGCCAGGGCCUCGCCCGCCCUGUGAAGGCCGGCAGCUGGGGGCCCCUAUGAUGCAGGGCUCACAUAGCGGAGGGGGCAGCCCCUGCAUGCUUGGCGCCCACCGUCUGUGUGUGUGCAUUUUUCAAUGAUUCAAAUUGCUGCUGAGUUGCUGAAGUUUAUUCUGUCAGUGCAAAGAACCACGUCUGGACCCUUUUCCAUUUUUACAUGACAUGUAAAGUUGCUGCUCUCCAAGGAGCCUCCCAUGAUUAAACUGCUCACGAGCUCUG